AUGGCUGCCAAUAUUCUAUUGCACUCGUUCAACCUCCCAACACUAAUUAAAGAUUUCAGAACAGCAUUGAAGUUGGCAUCUGUUAGUACAUUCCCGUUGGCCUUAAAGACCCCUACGACUUUCCGAAACAAGUCCAUGUCCAGUUCCUUGCUAACCACUAUUUUUUUCAAAAGGAAAGUGCAGUCACUAGCCAAAGGCUUGUUCCCACCAUUUCUCGCCCUGACUCUCCAAUACCCAAUCAAAUACCCGCCUGGCUGCAUCAGGAUCGGUAUUGGGAUUCUUCAAGAAGCUCAGUACCAAAUCAUGAGUAAUAACAACCGAAAAUGUCCGCCAACAGAGUAUCUCCAUCGGAGAGAGGCUUUGACGACUCAACGGCGUGCUCAGGGGACGACGAGAAAUGUUGACGAAAGACAAAAGGUUUCGGCGUCGCUUGAGGUGCGCGUGGGUGGAGAAAUGAGGAAGAGAAGGAGCGGAUGUGGACCUGACUUGCGUGGGGCUGCGACGGAGUGCGGAAGCGCAAUGGAGCACGGAGAGAAAGGGGAUAGACUGAAGAGGAGAACUAAAUUUGUGAAUACCGAAAAAACCCCCGAUGUUCCAACAAAAAAUGAAAAGGAAAAGAGGCCUCAAAUUGCUUUGUCCGGAACCAGACCACCCAAAACACACAACACCGAUCCCGGGCAGGGCCAAAAUCCAUGGUCAAUGGGCUUUUUGGUUCGCCGGGCAAACUCCCACCCGACUCGGCCCGUUGAGUAUAUCUCAUUUUCUCGAUGCCCAUUCUCCCGCCAUCGAUCUCCAGCUUCUGCCUUUGCCGCCACCACUCUUCAUCCCGCCGUCAUUCCGGAACCUGUUGUAGAUCCCCCAGCUACCACUACCACCUCAAGCUCUCAAUCUGAUGGCUAUUAUCCCCGAUCCAUCUGCUGCAAGGUCGUCCCUAAUUUGCUCUCUGCGGCGUUGCAGCCACCUUACGGCGUAUAG